AUGGCAGGUUUGAAUAAAACAUUAAGUGGAGGAGUUGGAUAGAGCAAAGUGCAAAAGAAUGUCUUUUACGAUCAUUUGAAUCAGUCGAUAAUGGCUGCUGAUCAGGAUGAAACAAAAGAAAAAGCUGUGGAAUUCAGUAAUAAUAAAAUAAACUAGUCUCAGAUGAGAAGUACAUAUCGAAUCAAAAGGCAAAAGCGACUGAACAGCUCAAAUCCAGCUACUAAAAAUCGUGGAAGUAUAAUAACAUCUGCAAAGAUGAGCUAGCUUAGUUCAGUCAUGAUGAAUGAGAUGCAGUCAACAAGGCCAAAUACAGGACAUAUGCAGUCUAGGCACCCAAGUCAGUCAUAUCGAUAUCAUAAGCACAUGAAUUCAAGUGCCAAUUCAAAUUAGUUUCAUUAUCAAUAAAGUUCUAUUGAUGCCUAUAAUCAAGCAUCAAGUCCUAGUAUGAAAGCAGGUAACAUCUACUCGAGUGGUAUCAUUUAAAAAGAACAGUUGGAAGAUUCGCAGAAAAUUGAUAUUAAAUCAGACAUUCAAAAACUUAAGGAUCUCAAGUAUUCUCAAAGCAAGGGUGAUUUUACAAUUGCAUUUGAAAGUCAAAAACUUAAAAGCCAAAGAAAGCAUUUGUAGAGUGCUAAGUACAGCAUUAAAAAUCAUUCAUCACUCCACUCUCAGAAGUAGAAGCAUUAGUAAUAGAAAUAGCACUAACCCACCGAUGUUUAAAGCUAAUUUUCCAAGUAAGAGACUAAUUUCACAGAAAACUAAUCCUAGUAACACUAUGAAAAGAUCAUUCAAAUGAAAGUGCUAGAAAUUGAGAGCAAUAUAAUGGAGAGAGCUCAGAAGUAGUUUGAGCAAAUUAAUGAAAAGAAGAAAGUUAACUCCUUGAAUAUCGCUUAGGAGGUCAACUACUUAACAUAUAAAGUGAGAGUUUAAAAUGGAGGCCCAUUAAUGGGAUAGCUAAGCAGCCAAAAGUAUCCUUUAGAAUAGGACGUUAGAAAGGUUAAGAAUCUUGAUAUGACACCUUCUGCUGCUACUGAUUUGGAAAACAAGAUUAUCUUUGACCAUUUCACUGUGAAUCAAAAGUUUAAGCCUAACUCAAAUCAAACUGACACAUUUAAUUUAAAUCAACAUAUGCCUUCACUAAAUGCUUAAAUAGAUCCAGAUACUAAAUUCACUACUAAGCUAAAAGCUUCACUUAGUCCUAAGAAAUCCACUAAUAACAAGUAGAGCUUACUGCUUUAAUAGCUUAGAGAAAUCAAAGAAAAAUUCGCUAAGCAGGACUCAUCUAGCGUUAAACAAAUGUCUAUAGAGCAGGAAUUUCUUAAGAAAUCGAUUAGCAGGCCUUAGGAUUAAUCAGUGAAUACUUCAUUUAUUAAGAAUAUGAUUAAGAAGCCAGCAAAGAGAUUUUCAGUAGAGGAUAGACUAAGAAUGCAAUUAGAGUAAAAUAAGGAUGAUAAGUUUAUGAGAAUUCCUGCUACUUCUAACAGAAUGAGAAUGGUUUUUAAUGAGAUCAAGGUUCCGCCAUAGGAUUUAAAUCGGUAAGGCUUUAAAAAAAUUGGACUUAAUGAUAUGCAUUUCGAUCCGCUUAGACUAAAAGUGCUAGUAAUACCAUUUAAAGAUGCUAAUCCAAUAGGCAAAAAUGCCGAUUACUUCUUUUUAAAAGGCUUUAAGUAUUAAACUAAUGAAGAAUAUGCGAAUGCCUUACAUUCGUAUCAAAAGGGUCUUGAAAUAAAGCACAAUCAUUUGCUGUGUAGAUUCAAUCUUGGAGUAAUUCUAUUUAGACUUGGCCUUUUCGAAGAAGCAUAUCUUUAAUAUGAGAAACUUAUAAGUCUAGGCUAUCAUGAAAGGACAGUAGUGCUCUAUAAUAAGAUAUUAUGCGCUGUCUAGAUUGGAAGAUUCAAUGAGGCAGUAGAAAUAGCCACUAAGUGCAUAGAUAUAUUGAUAAAGAGAAAGCGAGGGAUUGAAAGUGACAAAGAAAUGAUAGGCGAUUUGCAUCAGAUAAUCGGUAUAUGUCAUCUUAGAUUAAAGAACAUAAAAUUAGCAGGAAAGUCCUUCGCUGAAUCUAGAAACUACAAGACUGUGAGGUAAAAAGAGCUGAGUAUUGUCUUUAAAAAGUCGUUGAGUAAAUAAAUUUAGGAUAGACUUAUGGAAUAUCUUAGAAACAAAACUGUGUCCUAUAGAGAUUCAAUUUAAACUGGAAACUCAAUUAGAAUGGGCGAGAAACUGAUAGAGGACAACUCAAUCCAAGUGGUUGAAUUGAAAUUGAAAAAAAAGUAAAAGAGCAGAGAUCAAUCAUCGCCACUCAGAGACCCAUCUAGAACUAGGAAUAAAAUUUAGCAUAAUGACAAUGAAAAUAAUAAUUAAGAGGGAGGAAUAAUUGGUGUAGACUAAUCAUAAUUGCUCAGAACUUAUCUCACUGAAGCUGAGAGGAAAAGUGCUCUAGAUAGAAUGUAUAACGUCGAGGAUACUGAUUAAAAUCCUCUUGGUAAGCGAAGAAAGUCUCUUCCUCAGCCAGAUAUAUUUGUGCUUGACGUUUAUGAGGAAUAGAAUGUCUCUCGAAUGUCUGAUUCAGACUCUGGGAGCUCAGAUACUGCUCUUAAUCAAGUAAAAGCAGUCGAAUAGAAAGCAAUUGAAGUUAUUUAAUAGAAACCGAAAGAAGUGGAUAAGAUGAAUAUCUAAGAGCUUAUGAAUGAGGUUCAGAAUCUUGUAGACCUAAGAUCAGAUCCUGAACGAGGUUACUUCUAUAUAAAUGACGAAAAAGAAGUAAGACUCGAGAAGAUUUUCGACAUUCCAAGUCUAUUUAAGAAGCCAAAGCCAAAUGAUUACACCCAGCAAGAGAUGGAGAUAAAGAACCACCGAGAAAACUUAGAAAACUACCUCAAUCCUUAGAAAAAUUUUGAUAACUCACUUAUGGACACGGCCUAGCUGGUAAAUGAAGAAGAGGCGAAGUAUAACUUUUAUCUAGAGAAUAUUUUCAAGUUGUAAGAGCGAGACCCGAAUAAGGAAAAAGACUAGAGCGAGACAGAUGAGAAAACCUAUCAGAUUAUACUGCAGCAGAUAUCUAGUUUCAGCGAGAAAAUAGACAAAUCAUUUGGGGUUGGAGAAGACCCUAAAAAACAAGAGGAUUAGUAGUAAGAAUAGGAGUAAGUGCAAAAUUUGAAUGUAAAUCAUGACAUGAAUAAUAAUAUGAAGCGACUUAAUGAUGCUGAGUCUAAUAUCAACCAACUCAAAAGCAUAUUUUCUAAGCAAAAGGAGAACAAAGAUCUCAAAAAAGAAUAUGAUAAGUUAACUGUUUAAGAACUAGAACAAUUUUGUGAAGAGUUUUAAAAGUAGGAUAAGGAUAUGGACUUACUAGAGUCAAUAUUAAACAAGCUUAACGGCUUUAAGUACAUGAGUCUAGAAAUGAAGAGCCUCAUUCUUAGGAGAGCAUAGUUGAAGCAGUAUGAUCCUAAUAAGAUUUUGUACAGACAAGGUACAAGAGGAUCAGUUUACUAUUUCCUGCUGAGAGGCUCAAUUACACUGCUCUCCAAGAGAAGGGAAUUCGGGAACUUUGAGUUGUUCAUUAAAAGUUAAUAUGACGGUGAACUAUUCGGUGAAUAGCCAGUACUACUGCCAACAUCAGCUACAGCAACAGCAAGUGAAGGAGGAGACUCUACUGAAGGUAUGCAGGUGUCUGAAGAUUUAGCAGACAACAGUAAGGAGUAUAUCAAGAACUUGAACUGCCUUAGAAAGUUACCUAUAUUCAAGUAUACUGAGACAUUUUACCUACUUUAAAUGGUAUUUAGUCUAGAGAAGAGGACUUAUAAAUAUGGCGAAUACUUGAGCCGAUCAGGAGAAAUACCUGAAGGCAUGCACAUAAUCACUAAAGGUCAAUGCCUAUGUGUAUUUGAAUCUAUUGGCUUAAAGAAAGGCGAGCUUGGAGGAGAGUUUUCUAGGUUUUAAAAGUAGCCUAAGAAUUUUUAAUGUGGAACGAUCCUCGAAACUCACAACAUGAAGGCUAAAGAUAAGAACUCUAACGAAGAAAACAAGAUGUCUCAAGUCAUCAAGCCUAAGAGCGAGAAUCUUAGUAUAUUCAACCCACAAUACUCAGUUUUUAAUCAGCUUAUCGGAGAUAAUAAUAGAAAUUUUCAGAGCAGUAGAAUUUACCUUGAUGAUGAAGGUAGACAUAUGCCUAAGCAUACAGCUUAUCAAGAUAAUGUGAUAUUCAGUAGAUUAGUGCCAGGCGACACCUUUGGCAUGAGGACACUUUUGCCAAAUGAAGAGAUAGUAAAACGAAUUUAGAUUGACCCAGAAGAUAAGAAAAGAGGUCAGAUCAUGAGUGUUUUCAGCAGAAGAUCGACAAUCAGGAAAAUGCUUAACAACUUUAAGAAAAAUGAAGGGCCUUAAUUUAAUUAAGUUUACAUGAACUUAUUCAGAAAGCUAAUUAAAAAUUAAAAGACUAGCUCUCUGUCUGUUUUUGCUGAUUCAAAUGAAGUGGAGGUGCUUAUUUUUAAGCCAAAUGUACUGAAUUACAUGCCUGAAGACCAAAAGGAUUCACUUUUUGAAGAUAUAUCCAAAAAUAUAGAUGCUGAUAACCCCUCUUCUCUCAGCAAUAUCCUGCGCUAAAAAAGUGAAUCCUAAGGAUGGGAUAAGCUUAAAGAGGAUCUUGUUUAGAAUAUGCGAAAAAGCUAAUUCAUGGAAAGACAUAAAGGUGUCUAUAAGAGAUGA